GAUGAGCCUUUGAUUCAAUAUUCUACUACUAAGUUAGACUCACAACCUUUUCCAACAUUUAAUAUCACACUGACAUCAAAUGUAACAAUUGAUUGUUUUUUUAAGAUUAAUAGGGGGGUGAAUGAUAGUGUUGAUGAUUGUUCUGCCAGUCUUGAAUCGUUUAACAACAGAAGUUAUAAAUUUACUCCUGCUGAAAAUAUGGUUUCUGAUGAUUAUAGCAGUCGGUUAUACCUUUCUUGGGACUAUCUUCCUGGACUUAACUAUAGUGUUAUUGGAUUUGGUGGAG